AUGGAUACUGUCUCGGUUUCCAAAUUGCUGUUUGCAGUUUUUUGCUUUGCAUUGUGGUUGGGUCCUCUUCAGCUGGUUCAUUCUAGUGUUUCAUAUGAUAGAAAGGCCAUCGUCAUCAAUGGCCAAAGGAGAAUCCUUUUCUCUGGUUCCAUUCAUUAUCCCAGAAGUACCCCUGAUAUGUGGGAAGAUCUGAUUUACAAGGCUAAAGCUGGAGGAAUAGAUGUAAUUGAAACCUACGUCUUUUGGAAUGUUCAUGAGCCUUCUCCUGGCAAUUACAACUUUGAAGGAAGAUAUGAUCUUGUGAGAUUCAUGAAGACAAUACAGAAUGCAGGGCUAUAUGCUCAUCUUCGCAUUGGACCUUAUGUCUGUGCAGAAUGGAAUUUCGGAGGAUUUCCUGUUUGGCUCAAGUAUGUUCCUGGGAUAAGCUUUAGAACAGACAAUGAACCUUUCAAGAGAGCAAUGCAAGGGUUCACUGAGAUGAUUGUGGGAAUGAUGAAGAGUGAACGUCUCUAUGAAUCCCAGGGUGGCCCUAUCAUACUUUCUCAGAUUGAGAAUGAGUAUGGGCCACAGAGUAAAUUACUUGGAGCUGCUGGCCAAAAUUAUAUGAACUGGGCUGCAAAAAUGGCUGUUGAAACGGGAACUGGGGUCCCAUGGGUGAUGUGCAAGGAGGAGGAUGCGCCAGAUCCAGUGAUAAACACGUGCAAUGGCUUUUAUUGUGAUAAAUUUAUUCCCAAUAGACCCUAUAAGCCUACAAUGUGGACAGAGGCUUGGACCGGCUGGUUUUCAGAAUUUGGAAGUCCAAUUCACGGAAGACCUGUUCAGGAUUUGGCAUUUGCAGUUGCCAAAUUCAUACAACAAGGGGGAUCCUUUGUAAACUAUUACAUGUAUCAUGGAGGAACCAAUUUUGGCCGUACAGCCGGAGGCCCUUUCAUCACUACCAGCUAUGACUAUGAUGCUCCACUGGAUGAAUAUGGUUUGAUUAGGCAACCAAAGUAUGGUCAUCUAAAGGAGCUUCACAAGGCUAUCAAGAUGUGCGAGCGAGCUUUAGUUUCAACUGAUCCUGUUGUUACUUCUUUAGGGAGCUUCCAACAGGCUCAUGUAUACUCUACAGAAUCUGGAAACUGUGCUGCUUUUCUCUCAAAUUAUGAUACAAAAUCUGCUGUUAGAGUGAUGUUCAAUAAUAUGCACUAUAACUUACCUCCGUGGUCCAUCAGCAUCCUCCCAGAUUGUAGAAACAUUGUUUUUAAUACAGCAAAAGUUGGAGUGCAAACAUCCCAGAUGCAAAUGUUGCCAACAGAUACUCAGAUGUUCUCAUGGGACAGUUUUGAUGAAGAUGUUUCUUCUCUGGAUGACAGCUUUUCAAUCACUGCUUCUGGUCUCUUGGAACAGAUAAACGUAACACGGGAUACAAGUGAUUAUCUUUGGUAUAUAGCUAGUGUUGAUAUAGGUUCAUCCGAGUCCUUUCUCCGUGGAGGUGAACUCCCCACUCUCAUUGUUCAGUCCACAGGCCAUGCUGUGCAUGUUUUUAUCAAUGGUCAACUUUCUGGUUCUGUCUAUGGAACGAGGGAGAAUAAGAGAUUCACAUAUACUGGCAGGGUAAAACUUCAUGCUGGAACAAACAGAAUAGCUCUGCUCAGUGUUGCUGUUGGACUUCCAAAUAUAGGAGGACAUUUUGAGACAUGGAACACAGGAAUUCUAGGUCCAAUUGUACUCCAUGGACUUGACCAGGGAAAGUGGGACCUGUCUUGGCAGAGAUGGACUUAUAAGGUUGGGCUGAGAGGAGAGGCCAUGAACCUUGCAUCUCCAAAUGGCAUCUCUUCUGUUGAGUGGAUGCAGUCAUCAUUAGCUAUACAAAAGAAGCAACCACUGACAUGGCACAAGACUUAUUUCAAUGCUCCUGAAGGAGAUGAGCCGUUGGCAUUGGACAUGAGGGGAAUGGGUAAAGGUCAAAUAUGGAUUAAUGGGUUGAGUAUUGGAAGAUACUGGACUGCACUGGCUACCGGUAACUGCAAUAACUGCAGCUAUGGCGGCUCAUUCAGACCUUCAAAGUGUCAGGUUGGUUGUGGCCAACCAACCCAGCGAUGGUACCAUGUACCUCGAUCUUGGUUGAAGCCAAAUCAUAAUCUGUUAGUUGUUUUCGAGGAACUUGGGGGAGAUCCUUCAAGAAUUUCACUUGUGAAGAGAUCAGUGAGAAGUGUCUGUGCUAUUGUAUCAGAAUACCAUCCAAAUAUUAAGAAUUGGCAGAUUGAGAGCUACGGGAAAUCAGAAGAGUUCCAUCCUCCAAAAGUUCACUUGCGUUGUAGUCCUGGCUAUGCUAUCUCUUCCAUUAAAUUUGCAAGCUUUGGAACUCCUUCAGGGACCUGUGGGAAUUAUGAGCUCGGAGCUUGUCAUUCUCCCGCAUCCUAUGCCAUUUUAGAGAAGAAAUGCAUAGGAAAGCCAAGAUGCUUAGUCACUGUAUCAAACAGCAUCUUUGGACAAGAUCCUUGUCCGAAUGUGAUGAAGUGGUUAUCAGUUCAAGCUGUUUGUUCUCCAACUGCUACCAAUUGGAGGGGUUGA